GGGAACGUACGUCGGAGUGUAAAAAGAAAAAGGUCUGGGCUAAAGCAAGCAGCCAUCUGUAUCGUCCUGGCCACGCCGGAGAUAACACAACGAUGAAGACACAGGCGAUGCUGCUACUUCUGACGGGGAUGAUCAUGGUGACCUCAUCCCUUCCGGCAGCCUCACCCGUCUUGUUCAACUGGUUGGACUUCAGGACUUCGGCGAUGUGCUGCGGAGGAAGACUCUUGAACUGUUGCCAGAACCCAAACAUUCAUGGAUACUACGUGAUACCCGUAAAACGCCCAUGGCCCCUCCUGACAAACGAUGGCUUCACGGAGGAGGAACUGAGGCAGAGGAAGGAGGAAGACCUGCUAAGAAGGAAGAGGCACAGAGACAGAGAGAUGGAUAGACAGCACUACAGAGAUAAGAAUUAAGGAAUAGGAACACCGAUACGAUAAUUCCCGAGAAGUAAUCAUGUCUGACAUCCAGGAAUUCCCAAGAAGGAAAUAAGGGAAACAUACGGUAAUUCCCUUUAAGAAAUAAGGAGGAAGACAGGAGAAUUCCUGAGAGGAAAUCAUGAGAAGGGUACUAUAAUUCCCGAGAAAAAGCCAUGGAAAUUUCACGGUAAUGCCUGAGAAAAAAUUAUGAUACACCUUAACUUCCUAGAAGAAAUAAAAAAAAGAUACCAUAACUCCCAAAAAUGGGAAACCAUGAGAAAAGAUAUGAUAAUUCCUGAGGAGAAACCAUGAGCAAGAUACGAGAUUCCCGAUAAGAAACCACAAGAUACGAUAAUUCCUAAGGAAAAAUCCUAAAAAAGGUACGAACAUUCUUGAGAAGAAACCAUGAAAAAACUAUAACUCUUGAGAAGAAACCAUGAGAAAUGUAUGAUAAUUCCUGAGAAGAAACCAUGAGAAAUGUAUGAUAAUUCCUGAGAAGAAACCAUGAGAAAUGUAUGAUAAUUCCUGAGAAGAAACCAUGAGAAAUGUAUGAUAAUUCCUGAGAAGAAACCAUGAGAAAGAUUCGAUAAGUCCCGAGAAGAAACCACACAAUUUGGUGCGAUCAUUCCCGGGAAGAAACCAAUAGUACGAUAUAUUAAUUCCUGAGAUGAAACUAAUACGACAUGAGGUAAAUACGAAAAUUCCCCAGAUGAAACCAUGAGGAAGAUACGAGAAUCCGGAGAAUUAAACCAACAGAAAAUAAGGACAGGAAACCGACAUUUGGGAAACCCAGAGAAGAAACCAACCGGAAAAAAAGAAGAAAAAAAAAAGUUGGUUGUCAUUAUGAGGACCUCAUCUUCGCAAAUAGUUUAAUAUAUUUAAUAAUGUUUCAUAUUUCAUUAUUCAGCUGACUCCAAAAGGGUCAGUUCGUGUUAUAAAAACCAUUUAUUUUAUUGCCAUCUCAUAUUUCAUGUUAGAACCUGACCACUACUUUCGGAUUCCUAGCAUUUCUCUCUCUCUCUCUCUCUCUCUCUCUCUCUUCUCUCUCUCUCUCUCUCUCACUUUUGAUCAGUCGAUGUGUCUAUGCUGUCGUUGAAAAAUCAAAAGUACUAUCUAGUCUGCUGUAAACAUCAGCCUCAUUAAUACGAAAUCUUUUGACUAACUGUGUACUUAGAGUACCACACUCCAUGAAAUAUCAAUGUACUUAAUACCACUUCUACUACAACUACUCUAUUGGCUUAGGGCCUAACUGUGACCCAUGGCCGCUUGCACCGAACUCCUGAGAUCUAUUCAAUGGUAAAGUGUCACUUGCAUACAUUUUUUUUUUUUUUUUAACAGAAAGAGGGGCUUCAUUUAUGUGAACAACUUUAUUAGUGAGGAAGAGAUUCUGACCCCACCCACCCACCUGGCCCCAAGUUUUCCUCAUCGUGGGGAGACUUGAACUGACCUCCUCUGUCAACCGGUCUGUCAACCGACCAGUUGACAGAGGAGGUCACGCUAUCGACUCAGCCACGGGAGGGUUAAUACAAAUGUAUCUGCAAAUGCAAAUUACCUUCUUAAAAUUCCUUUAAUGGUUUCUGUCCAACGUUUUAUUUAGACGUGAAACAGAAAUGGCCCCAGCCUUCUCACGUUUAUCUUUUAAGUACAAAUGUGGCUGAGACUGAUAAGAAUUUCCGAAUUAUGCUCAGUCCAGGUGGUAGUUAGUUACUUAAGGACUAAGACAAUGACCAAGCUACUUCAUAUUCAUGCCAUAGCAAGUUUUGUUCAAUAUUUCCUCUGCCAUCCAUUAGAUGAAGAUUAUUCUAUUAGUUUUAAGUUAAUUGUAGAACUGAAUAACUUAACUGUAAUUAAAAUAAUGCUAACAAGAUCUUUUUGUUUCAUGAAAGGUUAUUUCAUAAAUAUACUGACUACUGGAAUUUGGAAAUGGAAUAUGAACUUUAGGCCAAAGGCCAAGCGCUGGGACCUAUGAGGUCAUUCAGCGAUGACUGGGAAAUUGAAAGUAAAAAGGUUUUAAAUGGGUUACAGCGGGAAAUCCUCGCAGCUGCACUGUGAAACAACUGUUAGAGUAGGGUGGAAAAUAAGGUGGAAGAAAGAUAAUAUGAACGGAGUUACAGUAAAAAGAAAUGAAAGGGGUUGCAGCUAGGGGCUGAAUUGACGCUGCAGCGAAACUUCAGUAAAGCCUACAGUACACCGCCUGAGGAGAACUGAUGGCACUACCCUGCAACGGGGUAUGCUGAGAACUGAUAGCACUUGAC